GCCGCCUUGGCGGAGGCGGCGGUGACUGACUCCAGCCCCGCCCCGCGCGUCACGGCCCGGCGGUGGGCGGAGCGGGCUCGGCGGAAGCGCCUGGCUAGCGGAGAGCCCGAGCGGAGCGGCGGGCGCCGGGGACCGCGGGGACGGACAGGAUGGGCAGCAGCUCGCUGUGCGAGGACUACCGCCUGUGCCUGGAGCGGGGGCUGCGGCGCGGCCGCGCGGGCGUGUGCGGGGACCCGUCGCUGCGCGCCGUGCUCUGGCAGAUCCUGGUGGAGGACUUCGACCUGCACGGGGCGCUGCAGGACGACGCGCUGCCGCUGCUCGCCGACGGCCUGUGGGGCCGCGCCGACCUGGCGCCCGCGCUGCGCCGCCUGGCCCGCGCCUUCGAGCUGCUGGAGCUGGCGGCCGUGCACCUGUACCUGCUGCCCUGGAGGAAGGAGUUCACCACCAUCAAGACCUUCUCAGGGGGCUACGUGCACGUGCUGAAGGGCGCACUGUCUGAGGACCUCCUCAUCCAGAGCUUCCAGAAGAUGGGCUACGUGCCCAGGGACAACCACUGCCUCCAGGUGGCCGCCCCACCCCCCGCCGGCCAGCUGGUGCAGGUGGCCCUGGGCUGCUUCGCCCUGCGGCUGGAGUGCGAGAUCCUGGGCGAGGUGCUGGCGCAGCUGGGCACCAGCGUGCUGCCGGCCGAGGAGCUGCUGCAGGCGCGGCGGGCCAGCGGGGACGUGGCCUCCUGCGUGGCGUGGCUGCAGCAGCGGCUGGCCCGGGAGGAGGAGCCGCCGCCCCUGCCGCCCCGGGCCUCCCCCGCCGGGUUCCGGGCCCCGCUGGACCUGUACCGGGACCUGCAGGAGGACUCGGACUCGGACUCCGAGGAGGCCAGCCUGUACGGAGGGCCCUCUCCGGGCCCGGGCUCCCCCUCCUCGGAGCCGGCCUACCGGCCUCUGCCGUGGGAGCAGAGUGCCAAACUGUGGGGCCCUCAGGGCGAGGCUUGGGAGCCCAUGGAGGAGGCCGAGGCCCUGCAGGAAGUCAGCAGCCCGCCCCGCAGCCCGCCCUACGGGGUCCUGGAGGAGGAGGAGCCGGAGCCCGAGGCCUUCUCCUUCCUCUCCCUGCGCCGGGAGCUGAGCCGGCCCGGGGACCCGGCUGCUCCCAAAGCCCCUGGGAGCCCCGGCCCCCAGCCCGGGCCCGGGCCCGUGGGCGAGCCCCCCGGCUACCAGGUGCACAGCUGCCUGGCCCCGGGGGCCCUGCCCGCCCGCUGCUGCGACACCUGCCGCCAGCUGCACACCGCGCACUGCGCCGCCCUGCCCGCCUGCCGCCUGGGCCACGAGCUGCGUGCCCUGCUCGGCGACGCCCACCAGCGCCUGUGGCUGCAGCGCGCGGAGAUGGACACCCUGCUCUACAGCAGCCCCGGGGCCCGGCCCUAGGCCCAGCCAGGCCCCUGGUCAAGGGCUCCCCGUGUUUCCGAGGUGCUCCUCUGGCCCUGGUCCCCUCCCGGGCCCAGGCCCCUGCCACCCCGGAGGGAAGUCCGGGCUCAGCGUCUGCCUCCCAUGGAAAGUUCCUCUCACCCAGACCCACCCGAACGUGCUGCGGGGAAAGGUCUAGCCCACAUGACUGUGACAAGGCCCCCAUGAAGGACCCUCCCCUCCCCACCGUGGGGCCCCAUGGUCAGCCAGGAGCCCCUGCUGCUCCCUGUGGUUUUGAUUUGGGACAUGCUGCCUCCAGACGUCCCGGGGGCUCUGCCAGGUGCAUGCUGACCAGGCUGUGGAGGCCCAGACCCUCCCAGACUGUGGGGUCACAGGCCACACUGGCUGGACACGUGCCUGGUCACAGCUGGGCCAUGGAUGGAGACGAUCUGAUCUCACCCGAAGGGUGCCCAGCUCUGGACAGCAGGCAGGGGCUGAUGGAGCCUGGACCGGCUCAGUCACUCUGGGCGCAGCCCCAGGCUUCCCAUGAAGCCCACCAGGCCCAACAGCGAGCACUGAGCCUGCCAAAGCCCUGGCGCGGCCCC